ACGAGUUAACGUUACAGCAAACCGUGUUCUGGUCUGGUGGUGGACAGAUUGCUUAAGUUAACGCAGAAAGCGUUCAUCUUGUUACCCACGUGCACCGGAGUCUCAAUUCUGCCAUCUGGCUCAUUUAAUGUUAAAAUAUUAGUAAAGUUAGGAACAAGUCAGGGCAUGCAUUAAUUCUCAGUAACGUUAGAACAUUUGACAUGUGGCAAGAAACGCCGGCUUUACCACCUAUGAUUUAUUUGAUUGGCCUGUUCUGACACGUUCUUGGUGUGAAGUAUAUGAAACGUGUUUUAUUUUUGUAAUUAUCCUUGCAUGUCGAUGAAGGUGGUUGGAUAGUUAGAUUGAGGCCCGGCCAWGCUCAUUAAAAUUUUCAGCAAUGACGCUAGCCAACAAUGUUAACUGACUUUGAUGGAUAGUUGUUUUAUCAAAGACACUGAAGACGCCAGUGAAACUGACCUAGCGAAACACAACGAGGAUGACUAUGUGGAAAUUAAAGAACAGAUGUACAAAGACAAGUUGGCAUCAUUGAAAAUGCAGUUGACGCAACUCCAAYAAGGAACACUUCAGGAGUACCAGAAGAGAAUGAAGAAGCUGGACCAGCAAUAUAAAGAGAGACUUCGCAAUGCUGAUCUCUUCCUCCAACUCGAGACGGAACAGGUGGAGAGGAACCACAUCAAAGAGAAAAAAGCAGCGGUGAAGGAGUUUGACGAUAAGAAGGUUGAGCUGAAGGAAAAUUUAAUUGCUGAGCUGGAGGAGAAGAAGAAGAUGAUAGAGAAUGAGAAAUUAACAAUGGAGUUGACCGGCGAUUCUAUGGAGGUGAAACCCAUCAUGACCCGGAAGUUGAGGAGGAGGCCCAACGAUCCAGUCCCCAUUCCAGACAAACGGAGGAAACCUGCACCUGCUCAGUUAAACUAUUUACUAACAGACGAACAGAUAAUGGAAGAUCUGCGAACACUGAACAAGCAGCUGAAGUCCCCCAAGCGCCCAGUGUCUCCGUCUUCUCCAGACCAUAUGCCCACCACUCCAGUAGAGGCCCCUUCACAGCGCUAUGAAGCCCGCAUCGAAGAAGGAAAGCUCUACUAUGACAAGAGAUGGUACCAUAAGGGCCAAGCCAUCUACCUGGAGUCCAAAGAGAAUACCAAGAUCAGCUGUGUCAUCAGCUCUGUGGGAACAAACGAGAUCUGGGUGAGGAAGACCAGUGACAGCACAAAGAUGAGGAUCUACCUCGGACAACUGCAGAGAGGAGCGUUUGUCAUCCGACGGCGGUCGGCGGCAUAGAACACAUGCCUCUUUCUUCUGUUUCUCCAUCCAUCUCUAUAGCAUCUUCCUCGUUCUAUCCCUUUUUCUAAGUAAAGUAUGUGGCUUCCCUCA